AUGAAACCCAGAAAAUAUGGCAGCCUUCAGGUUGGUCUAACUAAGAUAACUGAAAAUAAUCAAAGAAUUCUUUCAGAUGACAAUAAUUUUCGAGGAUUCACAAAAAAAAGAAUUAGACAUGAGCAACGAUUCACAAAGCGCAAUAAUAUCAACAUCAGAAGAAAAUGAAGAAGACGAGCGAAAUGUGCCAAAAGAUCGGAUGAAUCUUGUAUUCUGGAUCAUUUUAUUAAACGGAGUCGGUGUUCUAUUACCUUGGAACAUGUUUAUUACAAUUGCUCCACAAUAUUAUGUUGAUUAUUGGUUUACAGUGAAUGGAACAAAAACUAGUUAUGCUGAUAAUUUUAUGAGUGCAAUGGGAAUCGUUUCGCAAAUUCCUAAUAUGAUUGUUGCUAUUAUUAAUGUUUUGAAUAUUAUUCGAGGACCACUUUUGUAUCGAAUCAUUUCGCCAUUGACUUUUAAUAGUUCACUGAUUUUGAUUAUUUUGGGUUUGGUGAUUUUCCAAAAUCCAAGUGAUGCAGGUAAAUUCAAGGGAUCUUUCAGACUUCAAAACAAUUUUCCGAUUUCCAGCUCGUAACUGGUUCUACAUCGUCUCUCUCAUCAUUAUCAUGGCUAUGAAUGCAUCAAAUGGUUUAUAUCAAAAUUCCUUCUUCGGAUUAGCCGCCGAUUUUCCGGCAAAAUAUUCAAACGCCGUGGUAAUUGGCACAAAUAUUUGUGGAACUUUUACAAGUGUUUUGGCAAUUGUCGCAACUCUCGUAUUCGCUUCUCAACCAAAAAUGGUAGCCUUGGUAUAUUUCUCAAUCUCAUUUGCUAUUCUAAUUAUCUGUCUGAUCUCCUGGUGGUUUUGCAAGAAAUUGAGUUUCUUCAAUUACUACAUCGAGAAAGGAAAUCGUGCUCGCGCAGCUCAAGAAAACACCAAAUUCGAUUAUCGUCUCUAUCUCAAAACCUUCAAAUACGUGAGUUUUUUUUGUGAAAUUCACCUAAACAACUACAUUUUGCAGUGCUGGAAACAAUAUUUGAGCGUCUUUUUUGUAUAUUUCGUAACUCUCUCCGUUUUUCCAACAAUUUUAGUUGGCUUUGUGCCAAACUACACUGUAUUUCCAUCGGAUAUUUAUGCGGGAAUCACCACGUUUUUGAAUUUCAACCUUUUCGCCGCUGUUGGUUCGACAACUGCGGAUUUCAUCAAAUUUGUGAGUUUUGAGAGGAAUUUGGGAUUUCAUAAUUUCAGAAUAAGUCUCAAAAGUGCGAAGUUUUCUAAAAACUCUAGAAAAUUCCGAAUAAUCAGAAUCCAAGCUAUCUCAAAACCCAAUUCAAAAAUUUACAGCCCGGCCCAGAUUUCCUAAUCAUCCCAUGUCUUAUUCGACUUCUCUUCAUUCCAUUUUUCAUGUUUUCCAAUUAUCUACCAGAUCAAAGAUCAAUGUUUGUUUUAUAUUCAAAUGAGUGGAUCUUCUUUUUCGGUAACACAAUUAUGGCAUUCACAAGUGGCUAUUUUUCAUCGCUCGGAAUGAUGUAUUCACCAAGGUAAGGUAGAAAUUUGAUCUUCUGACAAGAUGCUCAUUAAAUUCCAAAAUAAUUCCAAAAAAGUGUUCAUUUGUAAAAUAAUCCCUUCUCUAUCUUAUCAUUUGUUUGAUCAUUCGAUUUUUUCAGAGUUUGCCCACCAGAGCUGUCAAAAUUGGCCGGACAGAUAUCAGCACUAUGUUUAGUGGCUGGAAUUGCUGCUGGUGUUGGCUUCACUCCACUAAUCACAGUGAUGGUUAAAAGUUUCUAA